GAAAACGACAUUAAAAUGAUUUCAAAGGUAAUGUGUCGUGUCUCAGUCUAAAGUGGAAGUAACGCAGAUGGUGAGAAAUAAGGAAUCUGCCUGCUGAAAUGCUCUCUGCUUUGCCGUUGAGAUCACAUGUUCGUGGGUUGAUGUGUUCCUGUCAGCCAUUCAUGCGAAAAGGGGUAUUCAAGUGCUUCUUUUAAUAAGAACACAUUGAAACAAGAACUCCAAUAACAAUGUCAGGAGACUAUUUCUGGGAGUGUCUCACAGAUUUUUUAAAUAACCUUAUUUUGAUAAGGUGUGUUGGUGCUUAGUGACUGUUGUUGCAGAUCGGGCCAAGCUGAACUCAGUUAAAUGAAAAAAAGAUGAAUGUCAGUGACACCUGCAAUAACAGUACAUCAAUACAAGAUUAUCAGCAUCAAAUUUAUGCAGUCUUCUACACACUGAUUCUCAUACCUGGACUGAUUGCCAAUGUUCUAGCACUUUGGAUUUUUUAUGCCUACAUAAAGGAGACGAAGAAGGCUGUGAUAUUUAUGAUCAACCUGGCAUUGGCUGAUCUGCUCCAAGUGUUAUCGCUACCCCUGCGCGUUUACUACUAUUUGAACAACUCAUGGCCUUUUGGGAAAGCUGCCUGCAUGAUCUGUUUCUAUUUGAAAUAUGUCAACAUGUACGCUAGCAUCUACUUUCUGGCCUGCAUCAGUCUGAGACGCUGUCGACUCAUUUUCCAGCCGUUGAGCUGUGACAUCAUGAAAGGACAGGACCGCAGAUGGUGUUUUGUCGGAUGGUUCGUUGUCUGCGUGGGAUGUCUGCCAUUUCCUCUUCUACGACAAUCUGAAAACAAUCCACAAUGUUGCUUCGCCGAACUACCCAUGAUGCAACUCAAAAAAGAACUAGGAGUGUCCCUUUUGGCAGUCGCAGAAAUUACCGGAUUUCUUCUACCGCUGGCUAUAGUAAUUACCUGUACGUGGUUGACUGCAGCAAGUCUACGAGAGAAAACCCGCCUUUUGCAUGACACUGGGGAAAAACACAAGGCACUCAAGAUGGUGUUAAGCUGUGCUUGCGUAUUCAUGAUUUGUUUUGUGCCCUAUCACAUAACCUUUCCUUUAGACUUUUUAACUAAAUCCAAUUUUAAUAUGAGUGCCACAUUUAAGAAUGCAGUGCUCCAUGUUCAUCCAGUUACCUUGUGUCUAGCAAGUCUAAACUGCUGUCUGGAUCCAAUGAUGUACUACUUUACAACUGAUGAAUUCAAGCGUCGCCUCUCAAGAACCGAACUGCAAGAAAGUUUGCAGUUACACCAAAGAAUAACAUGCUCUACAAACACUGAAGUCACAUUUAAAACCAAACAGAUGAAGCAGAGAUUAGAGAUCACAGCGACAGAAUAGGCACAUUGGUUUUUUUUAAGCCAUUGAAAAUCGCCAUUACACUUUCUGUACAACUGAGGAACUACACAGUUUUGAGGGUUAAUGUAAUAUUUAUAAAUCACAAAAUCUCUCUUUCACACACAAGCUAUCUUUAUGGGAACUUCACAUAGACAUAAUGAUUUUUAUACUGUACAGACUACCCAACCUUAUCCCUAAACUCAACCUUAACAGGAAGAUUUUCUCAGACCCUUCUCAAACAAUCUGUGUUUUUACAUUUUCAAAACACUCUAUCCAGCGUGAUAUAUGAGCCAAUUCCUCACAAGGAACAAAACAUUAUCUCCACAAGGUUUACAUUUUCAUUUCAUUACAUUUGGCUUCCACAACAUGACGCUUACAAAUUACACAUGCACACGUGCCUUUUAAAUAAUAAACAAAUAAUAUUAAAGGUGCAGUAGGUGAUUGUCUUCAGAAACAUUUUUUGUUGUGCUGGUUAAGUCUCUUCACAUUCCGAUAGUACUGAUUAAAGUUAAUAAUCUAAAUUUAUUUGUAUGUAUUUUUAUAUUCUGGGUAAGGCCUAAAACGGGCCGACAAAUAACUCCAUUAUGAUAGGUAAGUCAAACUGUCAGUCAACAAAUAUAAAUUUGUAUUUCUGAGCAGCCUGUCCACGCAGACAGAUACAUCACUAGUGCAAACAUGUGAAGCAUGGCCACCUACAGCUGGCAGAGAGUGACAUCGGGUAAACUCAGCAUCAACCUGAACUUCUCUCUGAGGAUGCUUUAACACCUUUUGAUCGAUACUUUUGUUCCGAAACAAGGAUUUAAUUGUUACAAUGUUGCACUUUGUUCUUGGUGCGGUUCGCUUUCAAACUUUUCACUUUUCAACUUUCUAAACGGACCAAAAUAGCUAAAACAAGUCUGCUGUCAUGCAUCCUUAUUUUAAUUUAUAAUGAUGAGCAAUAAGACAUUAUAGGUGAAAAGCUGUGCUUUAAUUUUGAAUGGUGACACCUACAGACAUGGUCACAAAAUAUAAAUCAGAGGUAAGAAUUUCUCAUACAUAGCCAUUGGCUUAUGCAUUUUAGACUUUACAUUAUAGAGAGAAAUAACAGAUAGACCAAGACAGUUAACAGAUAAACAGCUCUCUGUAAUAUUUCAGCAUGCUUUCACUUUCAUAUUUGACAUGAAAUGCACAUUUACCAGUAGGAUUACCCCUACUCAUAAUUCUCUCUCUUAAUAUAGCCGUAUAUGUCUAUUACAUAUCCAUAAUACACCUUGAUACUGUAUAGCCUGGUUUGUUAGUUGGUUGGAUCAUUUUGCUUUCUUCUUACAAUCAAUCUGCUUCAGAGUCCAUUUCAAUCAAGCCGAGGCCACCUCAUUCAGGCGAUCUUGAACCGAUUAAUUUUGGUGCGGCUCCGAGCACGAUUGCUGGACUCAAAUAUGCCAAACGAACUGUGCUAACUGGGGAAAAGAGCCAGGUUCCGAAACAAAAGUCUAGGUGUGAAAGCGCCCUGAAAGACCAACGUGGCCUUGUGUCCAUGAAAAGAAAUAUUGUUUUCGAAAAGGCUUCUGCAAAAUAUGCAGAAUCAAAACUUUUCUAAAUCCUAAAUCAAUAUUGGAGUCACUUUUGUAAGCUGGAGGGAGUUGAAAUUAUGCAGUUCAAAGCCACAAUCUGAAGCUUGACACCACGGCUGAAAUAUUUAGUUUAGACAGGUAUGUUUUAAAACUAUUUUAGUCACGCAAAGCUUAUGUAGAUUGUGGUCUUUUUAUGAAUUUGUUUAUAUGCACAGAAGUGUUGUUUAGCCACUGAAAACGUAGAAAGAUUAUUUUCAAGUUCAUGGAGUACCUUUAAUAGGAUGGAUAAUAUAGUCGGUUAAAUAGACCUAAUUUAGUUGUUCAAGUGUAAAAGGAGAUGAAAACAAGCGAUGUACGUGAGAAUCAGGGAGCACAAUUAAAAAUUAAAAGUAAGUCACUGAUUUUCUUGGUAAUGUAAGUGCAAUGUAAAAAUAUAACAGGAUAUUUAUUUAGUUGAAUAACAAAACAUAAGUAAACAGUGCUCUUCCAGCUAACCAGCUUUACUGAGGAGAAGUUUGAUUUAUAUUUGCACAUUGGUUCAUUUUUGAUCAGACAACUUCUGACAUGCUCCCACUCUAACAUUACUUUGUUCGGUCUGAAAUAGCAUGUAGGAAUGACUUCAAAACAACAUUAGCACUAUUUCAUUGACUGUGAACAAUGUUGUAUUUUAUAAUCGUUAGCUGACUAUAUGAUGUCACUAUUUAGAAUUUGCAAACAAUACUUUUCUGAAAUUAUAUUAUUAAGGAGAAAGUCAGAAUGUGCGGAUAUGAAACCAACUUUACCCCAAUGCUUAGGGGAAAUAUAAUUCUACUAGGACUAUAGGGGAAAUAUAAUUCCUGCACCCCGCUGGCUUGUCAACAUGUUGGACAAAGUGCAUGUCUCCAUGGAGUUUUUUAACUGGUGAAUGACAUGAUCUGAUUUUAUAUAAGGUUGUCUAUGGUCAUCUGUUCAGUGCGUGUUCAUGACUCAAGCAGUCGUGGGUUUAGAUGGCAGGGGAGGGAUGUGCAUGUUCAAAGCUAAUAUGCAAACGUUAGGAAUUUGGCAGAUCACCUACUGCACCUUUAAGCCUUUUUCAGGGUUCAGUUUUACUAAUGACACAAACUGUAUGUGUGAAAAGAAAGCAAUUUUCACCAACUUUCUCUUUAUUCAAAGCAUGUUUUGUGUGUUAAAAUAUUAAUUUGUACACAUUUAAUAAAUAAAUGAAUAUAAUAAUAUCUGCAUGACAAAUAUCACAUUAUGGUCAGGAUUCUUGUGCUGUCAAAAUAAUAUUUGAACAGUAUGAAUAAAUCUUGCUGUGUAGUUCAGACAAAAUUAAUAAUUUACUGUAAGUAAUGUGGUCUAUGUGUGUUAUUUUUGUAAA